AUGCAGGGACAGGAUGCAACUCAGAGCCGAGAGCAGUCCACAAAUUCUGUGUAUGCGGCACUGGCUAGAACUGCGACUCGAAGCUUAGCUCUCUAUUUCUCUCGACCAGUCAGACUCUUUCGACCGUCCAAAGUGAACGGAUGGCAAACUCUCAGAGCUCAAGCCCUCGCUAGUGGGGUACAGUCCAUAACUCCUCAGUAUAUGCUUUCUCUGGUUAGAAACCACGGCCUGAUGGUCAUCCCAAAGCAUUUUGUACCACCGGUUAUAGUGAAUGCCGUUCUAGGAACCGUUUUAUGGACGACUUAUGCGGAAUCUACCACUGCCUUGGAGCAUCAUAUCGCCCAUCCUCUGUUACUUAGCAGCUGUUCAGGAGCUAUAGCAGGCGCUGCUCAAGCUUUGGUGGCUGCUCCAGCGGAGAAUGUCCGACUCGUCCUUGAAGGUGGCACCGUCAACCAUGGCUGGUCUCAUGCGUGGAAGGAAGUCUUCCGCAGGACAGAACCUCAGGCUUCUUCCACGAAGCAGGACAGGAUACACGAUGCGCGCGAAGUGCGUGUCUGGAUGAAGGAGGUAGUAGGAGAGAUGGCAGGGCGGGGCUGGGACGGUUGGGCGUGGGGAACAGUCAAGGAUGCGUGUGGCUUCGCGGUGUUCUUCUCUGUAUUCGAAGAAACACGACGAGUAGCUGCCCAGGCCCGCCGCUUGGUUCAGGAGGCUUCUCGACAUCCCGAAGACCGGGAAGUUCGAAGGACCUUCUUGACACAACAUGCCCCGAAACUCACUCAUGGGGUGGUCCUGGUGACGGGAGGCGUCUUCGCUGGUGUCUCCUAUGAGGUGGUGACGCGUCCGUUCGACGUCGCUCGUAGAGCUGCCCAGCUGGCCAAGCUCAGAGCCGUUACCUCCGGUACUCCAAUGAAGCACCCUGGUAUGGCGGCAGUGCUGCGCAAAUUAGAAGAUGACGGCAUACGGUCGUUCUUUCAGAGCCCUGACUACCCGAAAGCCGUCCACGAUGCCAGCGACAGCGUUUCGAGACGCCUACACGCCUGCCUCCGCGUCCUGGCGCGAGUUGGCCCGUGGGGCGUGGGUUUCCUGAUAUUUGAGGCGUUUGGCCCGGGUUUAUCAUAACGUACUGUAACAGGUCACGGUGGUGUCAUUACAGCGGGUGGUCAGCGGAUCGCCUUCCUCUGCGCCGCUGCUCCCUAAUCCUCAAGGCGUGCUUGCUUACGGCGAUCUUACUCCACACGUCACACCCCAUUGAGGGCAUCAUGCUGCGCAUAUGCGUGAUUGAUCGUGCUUAG